GUCACUGGUAUAACUUCAGAGAAUGAUUUAAGCCCAUUUCCACCCGGAUAAUGAAAACUUGGUUUUUGAUUCUUGGCUGGUCUCUUUCCAUUCUGAUCAUGACUGGAAAUGGAUUUAUUAUCUGCCUUGUUUGCAACAAACGGCGACUUCGAACUAAAACCAAUGCGUUUAUUGUUUCACUCGCAGUGGCUGACUUCUGUGUUGGGAUGAGCGCUUUUCCAUUACUGUAUGUCUGUAACAAAGCAAAUAUGUGCAACCAUCUACAUAUACUUGUGUCUAUUGUGAGGAAUUUCUUCGCAUAUGCGUCUGUGACAAACCUGUGCAGUUUAGUCCUGGAUCGCUACAUCGCUGUUGUAAAACCUCUAAAGUACUUGGCAUUUAUGUCGCGUCGCCGAGUCAUUCAAAUGGUUCUUUUUUCCUGGGCGAUUCCAGCUGCAAUUAUAACAAUUUACACGUUAGAGAUUUUUUUGUUUAAAGUGUUGUUGUUUUUUCGCAUUUUGAUGUGGCUGAUUACUAUAUUUUUCGAGUUCCUUCCAAGUGCGAUGUUAAUAUUUUUCUUUGUAUCGAUGUUACGUGUUGUUAUUAAACAAAAGCGCACCGCUCGUUCAUUGAAAAGACAAUUAAGUUUUAACCAUCGAGUUUCCUUUAAAACUCAAGAAAAGUCUUCCAUCGUAAUGAUGGCUAUUGUAAUUUCCGUAUUUCUUGUUUGCUACGGGUUUUAUCUGCGAUGCAGUAUCCUCGUGAUUUUCAGCGAUCGGUAUAAAUUUUGUCCUGAUCUGGAGUAUAAAAUCUCUUUGUUAAUGUUAAACUCUGCUAUUAAUCCUUUGGCGUACUCCUUCUUCAAGAGAGAUAUAAACAAAGAGAUUAGAAGAAGUGUUUUCUGCUACUCUGCAUAGAAAUGAAGCUUCGCGUGAGGCUUUUCGAUGUGAAAUAAAGACUUACGGGAAA